GAUAACCAUGGCCCCCACUGGCACGCUGCUAGGGCUGGCGAUUGUAUCAGCCAUUUCGGUUCCAUCCUUGGCCGCUAGCUUCGGCACAGGCUACGCCAUGUCGCCGGUAGGGGCGCCCUUCUCGGGCGGAGCCCCUGCAGGCGGCGCUGCGGGGCCAGCGUUCGGGCCUCCCGGAGGCUCAGCUUUCGGACCUCCCGGUGGCUCAGGGUUCCCUGGAUUCCCGGGUGCCGGCGGUGGCGCUGUUCCCGGAAUGACCAUGCCGUCCGAUCCCAGUUGCCCUCCGACCAACGGCAUGGUUCCGCUGUACGUGCCCGAUCCCGACGACUGCACUAAGUACACGGUGUGCAGCGGCGGCUUCGGCAUGCAGCUCGACUGCCCGCCGGGGCUGCACUUCAACCGCAACUCUAACCAUUGUGACUAUCCGCCGAUUGCAGGCUGCGAAGAAAUUCCACCUGAAGAUCCAACAACUCUGACAGGACCACCUGGGAUCAAGAAGGAUGCUUAUUUCGAUAUGAGCCUCCUGAGUGGACCUGGCUUCCCGAUGAUUUUCGGACAGCCUAAUCCGGGAAUCGGUCAACUGAAGAAUCCACCUGGCAAGCCUAAGACUCCCGCUGCAUCUUCGCGUCAUAUUCCCCAGGUGUCGUUAAAUGUCUGCAUCACGAUGCGCCUCCUCAAGUACAGGCCCCUGGUGCAUUCGGAGGAUUCGGCGGUGCACCACCGGCGGGGUCCGGGGCAGGUGGUGCGGGUGCACCAGGCCGGAGGUCUACCUUCCGAUCCCAGCUGCCCGCCAACGGACGGCAUGGUGCCCCUGUACGUACCUGAUCCGGACGACUGCACCAAGUAUACCGUCUGCAGCGCGGGUUUCGGCAUGAAGAUGGACUGCCCACCCGGUCUGCAUUUCAACAAGGUCUCCAACCACUGCGACUUCCCGCCUCUGGCCGGUUGUGAAGUCAGCGCCUGAUAGGACUCGUGAUGGCGGUGCACAUAUAAACUAUGGAACUUGUAUACGGCUAUAUGUCGGUAUACGGUAUAGUUACUUACUCAUUAAUAAUAGCUUGAGCAUGUCCGUGUCCAUGUUAGUGUCUACAACAUUCCACAUGAUAGAGACCUUGAUGCUAACGGUUGAUGUGUGAAUGAACAGACGCCCAGUUGCAGUGUUUUGAUUGGGUGAUGGUUCACUCCACCUAGCCGCAGCUCGGAAUCAACUGAUAACUCUUCGUAGUGAAAGACUAAGUUUCAAUUCUACCUUGACUUUAACCAAAAUCAGAUAACCUCCUCCAGGUUAUUUCUCCCUGCUUAAGAUCCAUUUUGCCAGCCAUAACGUCCCUAAACCUGAAUGCUCUGAAUAAUCCAGUCCCAUUGCCUCGACUGUAGAGUUAAGCCAUUUACAGCAAAGUAUCAGGUGUUCAGCCGUCCACAGCAAUGGUACUACCACCUCGCGUCGUUCAGUUCAAUGAGAUCGCAAUGGUGAGUUAUGUGCAACGCAUGUAUACUACAGCGUGGGAACGUCGGUAGUCGUAUAAUCACCGUUCGUGCAAAAUCACCCCCCACCCCCAAUUACCCUUCAAAAUGUGCUACUAAAAGUACAUUGUGCUACUAAUAGCACAACUGUAAUUAGCAAUCACCAUUUCUCCAGUCGAUUUUGUCUCUGUUUGUGUUUCUAUACAUUAGGCAAAUUCAAGAUCUGUAUAGCAGAAUGAAGCUAUAGGUAUUUUACUUUGUGCGAAGGGGAUUGAAUCAGUUAUGCUAUUAAACUUGUAGGGCAAGCCUUUGCGAAAUGUGCUUUACAGUAAGGUUUCUGAACUGCACAAAAUUCCAGCGUUUCCACGUUGCUACCAAUACGUAUUACAUCUUUUCUUGUUUUAUCUCCUCAGAAAUACGAUAGUGUCUGUGAUUUAAGCGUCGCGCAUUCUUUCUUUUGUAAAUAAUUCCAUUCGGAAAUAAACAAUUCGGACUUUGGUCUUUAUA